AACAUGGCGGGGUGAAAAAGCGAAGUGGAAACAUUCAAAUAUUUACAAGAUCAUGGAGAAUCACAAGGCUAAACUCAUUCAUAUACUAGAGGAUGCACUGGGAGUUGAGGCAAUGGAAACUGCAUUUUGCGGAAUGAUAGUCCACAAUGAAGAGGAUGAAGAUCGAGAUAUCAAGGAGAUUUUCCAAAGGGAUUUUAAACUUUUCUGGGCUGGUGUUCUUGUGGAUGCUAGGGAACAACUUCUCCUUGACUUUGUUUCAUUCAUUUACAAUGAACACAACCCAAGAAGGAUUGAUAUUGCCUUUGGUUUACUUGGAAGUUUAGUUGAAAGUUCAUUGGUUCCUGCUAGGUUAAUGUGUGAAGCUAUCCUCAAGACUCCUCACCUCAGUUUCCAGAAAGAACUCAUGUGGUGUAAAACAUUCCAGCUUCUUUUGAAAAUCGUAGGUGGGGUUGAUUAUAAGAGCUGUCGUGACAUCCUCAGUUUGGUAUUUCACUUAUUUCGUAACAUUCCAACCACUGCGGAUCCUGCAUUUACAGACCGAAUACAAGCUUGUGUUAAGGUUGUCCGUUAUAUUUUAGAUAGGAAUAUAUGCCUUCUGCCUGCCUAUUUUGUUAUUAAUGAGAUCUACAAAAUUUUCCCAGAGGGUAAAGUGAAGCCUCAUUGGGCUAUUGCAAAGCUCCUUUCAGAUUUUGCUGAGACAUUCAGACCCCUUGCACGUACAGUGUCUGUGAUAGGCCGCCCAUCUCUCCUCCCGGUGAUUGGUCAUCCUGGCUCUUCUAUUAGUGUAUGGAAACUAGAUCCUAACACUCUAAGUUUCCCAUUAAAAGGACUUCUGCCCUAUGAUAAGGAUUUGUUGGAACCUCAGACAAAACUGUUGCAAUAUGUCAUUGCGCAGCCAUAUUCCCGUGAUGUUAUCUGUACUAUGCUAGGCCUCAAUAAACAGCAAAAACAGCGAUGUCAGGCAUUAGAAGAACUGUUGGUUGACCUGAUAGUUGUAGCAAUGGAAAGAUCAGAGGCUAAUGAAGCCAACAUGAGUGAAACGGGAUGUCAAUUGUUGUGGCAUCAUUUGUCAAGCCAUCUUAUUUUCUUUGUGCUUUUCCAAUUUGCCAGUUUCCCACACAUGGUCUUAUCCCUUUACACCAAGUUAAGUGGACGAAACCUUAAAAGAGGAAGGGACCACUUGAUGUGGGUUCUGUUGCAGUUUAUUUCUGGGAGUAUUCAGAAAAAUCCUCUCAGUGAUUUUCAUCCUGUGAUGAAGUUGUUUGAUUUACUUUACCCAGAAAAGCAGCCACUGCCAAUACCAGAUAUAACUUCUGCUGAUUCGGUACACUCCUUAGCCAUGGCCUGUAUAUGGAUUCAUUUAUCCAAAAAGGCCCAAUCUGAGGAUGUAACUUGGAGACCACCUGUUCCCCACAUACUUAAGGACCAAAUUGAAUUCAUACAGAACAGAUCAGGGGGAGCCAGUUCAUUCUCCUUGAAUAAUUACAAGAUUCCCCUUCUCUGCAAUGCUUACAGUACCAACCCAGAGUAUUUCAGUGUUCCAAUGGCUAUGUUGGUUGAAAUGUGUUAUGGAAACAACAAAGGUUCCACGCAGCUUCCAGGCCCUUCAAACACACUUGCUGCAGCACCAACUGUUCCUUGUCCAAUGAGUCUUUUGGACUCACUUACAGUCCAUGCAAAAAUGAGUUUUAUUCACAGUAUUGUUAAUCGUAUCAUCAAGUUGGGUAACUCACAGUUUACACUUGCCUUGGCCCCUGCACUGGUGGAAACAUACAGCCGUCUGCUGGUCUAUAUGGAGAUCGAGUCUCUGGGAAUCAAGAGCUUCAUUAGCUCGUUGCUUCCCAAUGUGUUCAAGAGUCACGCCUGGGGAAUUCUCCAUACACUACUGGAAAUGUUCAGUUACCGGCUGCAUCACAUCCAACCUCACUACAGGGUUACUUUGCUUUCCCAUCUACACUCGCUGGCUGCAGUGCCUCACACAAACCAGAAUCAGCUUCACUUGUGUGUCGAAAGUACCGCUCUUAGACUCAUCACUGGAUUAGGAAGCUCUGAAGUACAGCCACAAUUGUCUCGUUUCAACUCUGAGCCUAAACAGCUGUUGUCAGCUGAAUCCGAGGAACUAAACAGGGCUCUUGUACUUACCAUAGCACGUGCGAUGCAUAUUACUUCUGCCGAAUCAUCUACCAACUGGUACGAAGGAAUUCUAAGGUCGCUGAUUACCAAUACACCACAUAGCUGGGCCAGUCACACUCUGGCUUGUUUUCCUCAGCCACUUCGACAAUUUUACACUAAAAAUCCUUGCCCUCAUGAAACAAAACAGGAGCUAAGACAAAGAGUCGACGACGAGUUUAGGAGAUGGAGGGCAAUGUCGUCAGAAAAGGAAAUCCUCAAUCAUUUUGCGGAUCCAUCCUCAACAAAUGUUUUCAUUUGCAUUUUGUGGAAGAUGUUAUUGGAUUCAAACCGCCUAAACUCAGUUUGUCACAAAGUUUUGGAGCGCUUAGGAGCACGAGCUCUUUCUGCGCAUGUACGUGUAUUUGCCGAUUAUUUGGUGUACGAGUUUUCAACAUCCGCGGGAGGAAAACACAUUAACAAGUGCAUUAUACACCUGAAUGACCUAAUAUGGAAGUACAACGUCGUCACUUUGGAUAGGCUGGUCCUUUGUCUGGCUUUGCGAAGUCAUGAAGGAAACGAAGCCCAAGUCUGCUUCUUUAUCAUUCAGUUGUUGUUGUUGAAGCCCCAAGACUUCAGAAACCGAGUGAAUUCUUUCAUACGAGAUAACUCUCCUCACCACUGGCAACAAAAUGAAUGGCAUCAGAAACACAUGAAUUAUCACACGUCCUACCCUGAGAGGUUCUAUUUCGAAGGUUUGUUGGAAUCCGCGGGGGCCACGGUACCAACUGUACAAUACUUACCCAUCUACUUUGAGAAUGUGUGUCUCAGGUUUUUGCCGGUUUUUGACAUUGUCAUUCAACGUUUUCUGGAACUUGCACCAGUGCACAAGUCCCUGGAAAGUCUUCUUGAUCACCUUGGGUGCCUGUACAAAUUCCAUGAUCGUCCUGUGACCUACCUGUACAACACACUACACUAUUACGAACACUGCCUUCGAGACAAAGCUGCUCUGAAGAAGAAGCUUGUUGGGGCGAUUACUAGUGCUCAAAAAGACGUCCAUCCGGAAGGCUGGUGUCUGUCCAGAGGUUACUUGGAGUUCUUGUCUAAACCUGAAGACUCCUGGACCCCAGAUCUCACCUACUAUUGCUCUUUGAUUGGCAGACUUGUGGACACCAUUGCUGGUAAAACCCCGCCCCCAUUUCCAGCUUGCGAUUGGCGUUUCAACGAAUUUUCCAAUCCUGUUGCGCAUGCACUUCACGUGACUUGGGUGGAACUGAUGGCGUUACCUGUUAAGGGACCGGACGUUGGCAACGCGUUGUUUGACGUCAUCUUUAAAGGAAGCUAUGUGACGCAUGAUAGUGACAUUCGAACAAAUAUUAUGGAGUGGAUCAAUGCUGUAGGAUUAGUUUUGUCCGCACUUCCGGAGCCGUACUGGAGUGUGGUGUACGAUAAAAUCUGUAUGGCUCUCAGGAGAGAGCUCUCUGCCAAGGAAGUAUCGACAACUCCUAUCGUUCUCGAGAACCUUGGGAGAGCCGCCCCAUUCCCCUACUCAUUCUUAGAGUUCUCUACCAAUGUCGCUAUGCAUUCAGAGACUACCGCUGAUUAUGUGUUGGCAGUCGUCCAUGCCGUCUGGCACCAUGCAAGUAUCGGUCAACUAAGCCAGCUUCCUCAGUUUCUUCGUGACCGCGUUUCACCGCUGGUCACAAACGAGGCUCAGUUUCUCUACGUCUGUCAUCUGGUUGGACCAUUUCUUCAACGUUUAAUCCAAGAAAGACCAAGAUGUGUACAGGAGAUUGUUGUGGUGCUGUAUCAUCUGCUGGAAAAAAUUAACAGAGAAGUUCAACAUAUACACCACGUUGACACAAUUUGUGACUUCUUGUACCACAUUAAGUACAUGUUUAUAGGAGAUGUGAUUAAGGAUGAAGUACUGAAGAUCAUUCCUCAGCUUCGCCAGUCCUUGCAGAUUCGUCUGAGAUUCAUGACACAAAAUGUAAAGAGAGACGACACUACAACUUUUGCUUAAAAGUCGCCAACAACGUGACCAAUGCAACUCACUGGCAGACAAGCGUUGGAAAAAUUUACUGCAAAGCCAGAAACGUGUGAAAAAAGCAGGAAAGGAUAGAAAAUAAGUCACAGAUCCAACACUAGAUGUAGUGUUGCUCGUUGUCCAGCAAAUCAACGUGACCUCUGUAAUAGUCAAGGUCAGGAUGGAUGAGGAAAGAAAAGGAGCCACCCAACGCCAUCAGGCUAGUAGUUUGGUCAUAGUGUAAAUAAAAUAUCACCCUCUGACUUCGGUGAAAGCAAACUCGUUAUCAUUUGCCAACUCGCCCACAUAUCGGGUUUUUUCUCCGACGACAUCCUCUUUCGACCCGCUCAGUGAAGUUUAUGCGUAACUCGUUCACUCGAGCCCUGUCGUGAUUUAAAGAACUUUAGAUCCUUCAGUAAAUAAUAAUGAAGGAUGUUAUCAGCGAGUUAAUUGUUGGACAGGUAAGGUGUUGGUGAAAUGAUCAGCAUCCAAACAAACCUGUUUUAACUUAAAAUGACUGAUCUAACUGGAUUCAGUAGUGUUUCUUGGAAAGUUGUUUGAUAUAUGUGAGCUUUACCCUUAUGGACUUAAUAACGCUAUAAUUUGAGAUUGACCAUUUAACAGUGUUUGGUCUACAUCAUGGUACAAUAAUUAUUAUUAAAGACUAAUUUUAGAGAUCUAUGCAUUUUUUUUAGGCUGAAUCUCUUGUUUAUGAAUCUGUGGCACAAUUGGAGUGUAAUAGUUGACAGUUUCUGGCUCAAAGCCACAAAACAUAUUAUAGAGGAGGUUGGUUUUUUUCUUGGGUUUUCAAAUGUAACUGACAGUCGUACAAGUUGCUGGAAGUAUCAAUGACAAGCGUUUUAGCAUAUAAGAAGAGAAACAGAAAAUAAAAAACAAUACCAUAACUAGU